CAAAACACAGAAAUCCUUCACCAAAUCGGAGAAGCAAGCUCGCUCGCUCUCUCUCUCUCUGCGUGCGUGUGUUGAGUUCCGAGUUCCAGUCCCACGCGAACAAACAGUAGAUGCUGCUCCUUGUCUUGUUCUCUGUUUCGACUCCUUUUGGAAGGAAGCCGGCAUAGAAUCGAGAGGUCCCUGUUGCUCCUCCCCGACUCCAAUCCGGAUAAUACGAGUACGACCUGAGAGAGCUCAGCUCACGGAGCGCACCUCUCGGUGCCUCGGAUUGCUCGCAGUCAAGAUGGAGCGGACGGCUCGAUUCCUGUUCGCUUCGUACUAAGCAUUCACAAGAGACAAACUUUUCUCAUCGUUUUUCUUUUCAAGGAUUUCGAAUCAUAUCAUUAUUUUCGCGAGUAGAUUCUUUGUUUCUUUCUUUAAAAGCCGUCGUGGUUGCUGUGUAAAAGAUUACAUCUUUCACGAGUAGAUUCUUUAUUUCUUUCUUUAAAAGACGUCGUGGUUGCUGUGUAAAAGAUUACAUCUUUCACGAGUAGAUUCUUUCUUUCUUUCUUUAAAAGACGUCGUGGUUGCUGUGUAAAAGAUUACAUCCUUUUUACAUCAAAACAAAAAAGUGCAUGCUUUGUUUCUCUGUUGAUCUGGGUAGCAAUAUUUUCUUCUAGUGAAUUUGUUCUCUCAUUGAGGGACGAUGUGGUUUCUGUUUAACGAUUCGCAGCUCUCCGUUUCUGUUUGAUGAUUUUUGGUGGAAUCUCGUAUCGUAGCAGAAUUUUGCAGAUUUGCACCCAUAAUUCUGUUUUCUUUUCCUCCCUUCCUGUCUGUUCCGAUUCUGCCAUCCACUUGCUCACACUUCAAAAGAUCUACGACGUAUUUUUCUUCUUUGCAGUAUAAAGUUUUCUUUGGGUCUUGGAUCCUCAGUGAGGACUUACAACGCUCUACUUUUCUCUCCGAUUUUGUUCUCAUUUUCUAAGUAAGCACCUCUUGCUGCUUUUUUCAUUUUAUUUUCGAAUUUUAUUCAUAUUUGACUUGAUUAGGAUGACUUCAGCCUUAUUUUAUGGUGUUUCUACCUUUUUCUGUCCGACCCAUUACUUUCUUUAACUAUAAUGCUUCCUGUAAAAAAAUUUUGAUGAAAUGCUUCUUGUAAAACUUAGAAAAUCACCUCUUUUUUUCCCUCUAUGAUGCCUUUGUCAGUAUCUUCACGCCAACUACAGUUUUGUUUUUUUUCUUUUUUGAUGAUGAAAGCGGGAGGUGUGACCCACCCGGAUUUUAAAGGUCUAGCUUCGGCUGGGUGUAACUUCUGGUACGGUAAUCCAUAAGCUUUAGGAUGCCGGAGAAGAAUAGGGAAUUCAAUAUUGAUGGUGUGAUUGAGGAAUUUGAAGCCUUGACAAAGGAUGCUGGGAGGGUUCAGAGAGAGACCCUUCGAAGGAUUCUCGAGGAGAAUGGCGAGGCAGAGUACUUGCAAAAUCUGGGUCUUGGAGGGAGAACUGAUCCUGAGACUUUUAAAGCCUGUGUUCCAUUGGUUACUCACAAAGAUCUCGAACCUUACAUCCAGAGAAUUGCUGAUGGAGAUGCUUCACCCAUUCUCACAGGAAAGCCGGUAACAUCUAUAUCAUUGAGUUCUGGCACUACACAAGGAAAGCCCAAACUUCUGCUGUUCAAUGAGGAAUUGGUCUAUUCCACAAUGCAGAUAUAUCGGUUAUCAUUUGCUUUCAGAAACAGAGAGUUUCCCAUUGGGAAUGGAAAAGCUCUACAAUUCAUCUAUAGCAGCAAACAGUUCAAAACGAAAGGGGGUCUCAUCGCUACAACGGCCACUACAAAUGUAUAUCGCAGCGAACAAUUCAAAUCCACCAUGAACGAUAUCCAGUCACAAUGUUGCAGCCCUGAUGCAGUUAUAUUUGGUCCCGACUUCCACCAGUCCUUGUACUGCCACCUUUUAUGCGGGCUAAUCUACUCAGAUGAAGUCCAGUUCAUUUCUUCCACCUUCGCCCACAGCAUCGUUCAUGCAUUCCGUACAUUCGAGCAGGUCUGGGAAGAGCUUUGUGCAGACGUCAGGGAGGGAGUUCUCUCCAGCAGGAUUACUGUUCCAUCUAUCCGUGAAUCAGUUUCUGGACUCUUAAGCCCCAAUCCUGAUCUGGCUGAUUCGAUAUACGAGAAAUGCGUGGGUCUAAGUAACUGGUAUGGUGUGAUUCCAGAGCUUUGGCCAAAUGCCAAAUAUGUGUAUGGGAUCAUGACAGGAUCCAUGGAGCCUUACUUGAAGAAAUUAAGACAUUAUGCAGGAAAUCUACCAUUGAUCAGUGCUGAAUAUGGAUCUUCUGAAGGGUGGAUAGGCGCUAAUGCCGACCCUGGACUGCCUCCUGAAUCUGCAACCUUUGCUGUUCUCCCUGAUAUUGGCUAUUUUGAAUUUAUUCCUCUCAGGGAGAAGCCAAGGGAGCAGGAGUUGGAGAGAAGUGCUCCAACUAUCCACUAUACAGAAUCAGAGCCAGUGGGUCUCACAGAAGUCAAGGUUGGUGAAGAGUAUGAAAUCAUCAUCACAAAUUUCGCAGGUUUAUACCGGUACAGGCUCGGCGAUGUCGUGAAAGUAGCAGGCUUCCACAACUCCACUCCAAAGCUUAAGUUUGUGUGCCGGAGAGGCCUACUUCUUACAGUCAACAUUGAUAAAAACACUGAGAAGGACCUCCAAUCAGCAGUUGAAGAAGCCACUGAGCUCUUAGCAGAAGAGAAGCUCGAGCUGGUGGACUUCACAAGCCAUGCUGACAUGUCGGCAGACCCUGGUCGCUACGUGAUCUUCUGGGAGUUGAAUGCCGACGCCUGCAGCGACGAUGUGCUGCACAGCUGCUGUGACCGCUUGGACCGAUCCUUUGUCGACGCUGGCUACAUUAGUUCAAGGAAGGCACAGGCCAUUGGACCGCUCGAGCUACGAGUCGUGGAAAGAGGAACCUUCCAGAAGAUUCUGGACCACUACCUGUGCCUUGGGGCUGCAGUGAGCCAGUUCAAGACACCGCGCUGCGUGGGAACAUCUAACAGCGAGGUCCUGCAGAUCCUGUGCAGCAAUACUAUGAAGAGCUAUUUUAGCACUGCAUAUGGCUGAUAGCAAUUUUGCCAUGUAUUUAUCCUGUAAUAAGGCUGCUGCAUCUCUUGUUUAGUUUUUCCUUUGUAUCUUGAGCUUGCAAGUGGUGCAGUGUUCCUCAACUUUCCCCAUUGUUAUACUGUCAUAUAAGAAAUGAGAGGAAGAAUUGGCAACUUUCUCGA